AACACAAAACAGAGAGGUGACUGAUUCCCGAUCCUUCCUCUUAAAAGAAAAGAGGGGGGGGAAAGCGAUGGAUACCAUAUGAGCGUGUGGACGCGACACCGAAUGCGUGAAAAGUGGGACAGAAGUGCGUAACAGGAGGAACACAAAAACGUGACGGCGAUUCUCAGGCCGAUGCCGGAGGAGCAGCCGGUGAUCAGCACAACUUUCUGCCCGCCGUUCGCCAUGAUGAGAGCGGAUCAGGGCGCCGCGCGGCCUCGCUGCGCUCGUCGGCUCCUCCGGACGCUUUCGCUCGCUCCCAACUAAAAGCGGAUCGCCGCGGCGGCCAUGUGAGCGUCUCAAAUGCGGUCACAUGCUCGUGGCAGCAGGAUCACGGGGCCGCGAGCUCAUCCCAUCGAUGUUCUCCGGGUGCUGGAGAUGUCGGAGAACACGGAGGGGGUUUCCGUGUGCCCUGGUCUCUGCAGCAGCCGUAAACAGGAGGAAGGAACACAGCAGGCCUUCAAAGUAAACCAGAAAAUCCAGCUCAGUGCUCCCACCAAACAACUUUUCCCUGAGUCCACAUUCCCUGUAAAUUUCUCCCUGAUGGCCACCGCGCGAGCCAGAAAGGGAUCGCAGUCAUUCCUACUCUCCGUGUAUGACGAGCACGGCGUGCAGCAGCUGGGGCUUGAAGUGGGCCCUUCGCCCGUCUUCUUGUAUCAGGGCCGGGCAACUGGGCAGCCCGCCCCCGAAACUCACCCCACAUUCAAGGACGUCAACCUGGCAGAUGGACAAUGGCACAGGAUAGCCUACAGUGUGCAGGGCAAGUCCGUCACCCUCUUUUUGGACUGUCACAAGGUAGAGACCCAAAAACUAACACAGGGAGCCGACGCCGUCGUCAGCACGGAGGGCAUCGUCGUAUUCGGAUCACGACUACUGGAUCAAGCUGUAUUUGAGGGAGACAUUCAACAACUGCUGAUUGACGAUGACCCCCAGGCUGCUGCCGCUUAUUGUGUCAACUACAUGCCAGACUGUGACUCCGCUUUGCACCACAAAAACCAAGACCUGGACCUUCAAGGGAAGUCCCAACUGGACCAGCCAGAAGAACAACAUGGCAAAGAGGGCAGGAAGGGCAAAAAGAACAAAAAGAAGAGGGACAAGGGCUCUAAGGGCAAAGGCAAACGUAAAGGCAAGGGGAAGGGCAAAGGCAAAGGGAAGAAGAAGAGAUCCAAGAAGAAAAAACUUGAAGAGGAAAGUCUGGAGGAUGGCUUCAUCAGUGUGUCUACCAUGUUGCCCGAGUAUCUGUCCCAACAGCCUUUUUUGGACAUAAAAAGCACUGCAGAAACGGUCAGUCCCGCUAAAGUCUACGAUGACGAGCCCCUUGCGGAGAUGUCUACGAAUGAACCCUCAACGGAAGCCCCCUCACCCGUUACCAUGGCCGAAUCAGAAAUUCAUGUUGAGGAGCCCGAGACCGGGAAGAGCCCAGAGGUGGAGCACGGCGACGACCUUUACGGCAACCUUGUUGACGAGCUCGCUGUUUCCAUAGUUACAGCGGGCAUGAAUAUUACUGAAUCUGAGGUUCUCGAACACGACGACUACAAUAACACCAACUUUGAGUAUGACGAUUAUGACUUAUACGACGAAGGCUACGAUUUUGCAUUGGGAGAAGGAGCCCAGACGUGGGAAGGAAAGUCAAGAGUACCGACUGAGAAAGGACAGAAGGGCGAGCCUGCGGUAUUUGAACCGGGUGCGCUAGUGGAAGGACCGGCAGGCCUGCCGGGACCGGAGGGACUUCCUGGUCCAGCUGGACCAACAGGUCCCCCAGGACCCAGGGGAGACCCUGGUGAAAUGGGUCCUGCAGGACGUACUGGUCUUCCGGGGGUUGACGGAAUUCCAGGUCCACAAGGGACGUUGCUGAUGCUACCUUUCCAGUACAGGAGUGAUUCCCAAAAGGGACCGGUGGUGACCCCCCAGGAGGCCCAAGCGCAAGCCAUCUUGCAACAGGCCCAGCUGUCAAUGAAGGGACCUCCAGGUCCAACGGGUCUUACAGGGCGCCCAGGCCCACUGGGUGCUCCGGGCCCCGCCAGCCACAAAGGAAACAUUGGCGACCCAGGCCCGCCGGGACCUCAAGGAUUGCCAGGAGUUCAAGGAAGUCACGGGAAACCAGGAAAAAGGGGCCGUGCUGGGACAGAUGGAGGACGUGGAGCUCCAGGUGAAACUGGUGUUAAGGGUGAUCGAGGUUUCGACGGCCUGCCGGGACUUCCGGGAAACCAGGGACACAAAGGGGACAGAGGAAAGCCUGGUCCUCACGGGCCUGCCGGAGAGCCGGGAGAAAGGGGACCAAAUGGACCUGUUGGCCCCAGGGGGCAACCUGGCGAACCCGGUUCACGGGGUCUUGUUGGGGCGAGGGGGCCAUCGGGAGCACCUGGCCAACCGGGUAUCCAAGGAAUGGACGGAGUGCAGGGGUCAAAGGGAAAUCAGGGCCCGCAUGGAGAAAUAGGACCUGCAGGACAACAAGGAAAUCCUGGACCACAGGGAUCGCCCGGCCCCCAGGGUCCCAUCGGGUUGCCGGGAGAGAAGGGUCCCCAGGGGAACCAGGGCAUGCAAGGACUACCAGGCAUCGAUGGACCGCUUGGUCACCCAGGAAGAGAGGGACCCCAAGGAGACAAAGGGACCCAAGGGGUGUUAGGCACCCAGGGGCCAAUCGGGUAUCCGGGACCCCGCGGCGUCAAGGGAGCAGAUGGCGUUAGAGGUUUAAAGGGUGCCAAAGGAGAGAAGGGAGAAGAUGGCUUCCCUGGCUUCAAAGGUGACAUGGGCCUCAAGGGAGACAGGGGUGACAGUGGGGCCCUAGGUGCUCGAGGAGAGGACGGGCCAGAAGGGCUAAAGGGCCAACAGGGAGCCACGGGGGAUUUAGGACCUACUGGGAUUGCCGGAGACAAGGGCCACCUUGGAGUGCCAGGACUGCCUGGAUACCCGGGACGUCAAGGGUCAAAGGGAUCACUUGGCUUCCUUGGUGCGUCAGGAGCCCAAGCAGAGAAGGGACGAAGGGGUCCAGCUGGUCAGCCUGGAUCUGGAGGCCAAAGAGGUCCUAACGGGGCCCGAGGAGGAAGAGGAGCAAGAGGUCCCACUGGGAAGCCUGGAGAAAAGGGUUCGUCUGGACAAGAUGGCCCUCAGGGAUCCCCCGGAGAACAGGGUCCCCAAGGGCCACAGGGAAUGCACGGAGAAACAGGACCAAAAGGACCAAAUGGUCCACCUGGAAAAGAUGGAGUACCAGGUCAUCCUGGCCAGAGAGGGGAACCGGGAUUCCAAGGCAAAAAUGGCCCCCCUGGUCCCCCGGGUGUUGUCGGACCACAGGGCAAGUCCGGUGAAACGGGGCCAAACGGCGACAGGGGCCACCCGGGGUCACCGGGAUCACCGGGUGAGCAAGGAUUACCUGGAUCGGCCGGAAAGGAGGGAGCCAAGGGAGACCUGGGCCCAGCAGGAGGACCAGGAAAGAGUGGCCCUGUAGGGCUCCAGGGAUUUCGAGGGAGCAGAGGGAUCCCUGGUGCAACGGGUCCUGAAGGCUUAAAAGGAGGAGAGGGUGUACCUGGUAUUGCGGGACUCAUUGGUGCCACCGGAGAGAGGGGACCCGCUGGGCCGGCGGGUGCUAUUGGCCAGCCAGGGCGCCCCGGCAGUGUGGGCCCCGCGGGGCCCAUCGGAGAGAAAGGCGAACCAGGAGAGAAAGGCCCCGCCGGGAUGGCCGGGCAUGACGGGGAACAAGGACCUUUUGGGCUGCCAGGACCUGUAGGACCACCUGGGCCUCCAGGGGAGGACGGAGACAAGGGUGAGACAGGAGGACCGGGCCAGAAGGGAAGCAAGGGAGACAAAGGAGAAGCAGGACCUCCGGGACCUAUUGGAAUUCAAGGACCCGUGGGCCAGCCAGGAAUGCUUGGCGCAGAUGGCGAGCUAGGUCCUCGUGGGCAGCAGGGAAUGAAUGGAGCCAAAGGAGAUGAAGGACAGAGGGGCUUUAAGGGACCAACUGGUCCUGCUGGCCUACAGGGAAUGCCAGGAUUGCCAGGGGAGAAAGGAGAAAGUGGGCAUGUAGGCUCUAUGGGACCCCCAGGACAGCACGGACCUCGAGGCUCCCAGGGGCUAGUUGGCGCAGAGGGCCAAGCGGGAAUGCCAGGAGGAGUUGGUGAACCUGGACCUCCUGGAGAGAAGGGUGAGGACGGCGAGGCCGGGGACCCAGGAGCGGUUGGCGAGUCCGGCACUGCUGGUAUUAAGGGAGACGUAGGGGAGAAGGGAGAUUCUGGAGCACCUGGUGCGGCAGGACCUCCAGGAAUUAGAGGACUACCCGGAGAGGAUGGACCCAAGGGCAAUAUUGGCCCUGUUGGAUUCCCAGGAGAUGCAGGACCCCCUGGGGAAAUCGGUGUCACUGGAAAAGAUGGUGGACCUGGACCUAAAGGUGACGACGGAGAAACAGGCAAAGCGGGACCCCCAGGAGCCUCUGGAGAGCCGGGUCCUUCAGGACCUCCCGGACGAAGGGGUCAUGUGGGCGCUGCAGGAUAUGAAGGGAAGCAAGGAAUGAAAGGAGCCAAGGGAACAACAGGUACCCAAGGUCCAGUGGGUAAAACAGGCCCUGUGGGACCACAAGGGCCCCCAGGCAGGUCUGGUCCAGAUGGGCUUCAAGGCAUCCCAGGCCCUGCGGGUGAGCAAGGGUUAACUGGUGCACAAGGACAAACUGGACCACCUGGGCCAAUGGGACCACCGGGACUUCUAGGACUGAAGGGGGACCCAGGAAUAGAGGGAGAAAAAGGUCACGGUGGGUUACUUGGCUUAGUGGGCCCCCCGGGAGACCCCGGUGAGAAGGGUGACAGAGGCCUGCCUGGUACUGACGGGACACAAGGGCCUAAAGGAGAUGAGGGUGUGACUGGCCCACCUGGUCCCACCGGACCACCAGGACCACCUGGUCUGUCAGGAGCUGGUGGAGAAAAAGGAUCCAAGGGCAACAUGGGUGCCAUUGGUUCCAGAGGUGAUCCAGGCCCUGCUGGCCUUCCAGGACCUCCAGGACCCGCCGCUACUGUGGUUCAACCCCUGCCAAUCCGGGAGGGCAGGAAGAAGAAAAGACGAAACUCUGAUCAAGCCGGAACCGUCUCGUCUAGAGAGGAGGAAGUGACUCUCAAUAUGGAAGACUUUCUGCAAGCAGACCAGCCUUUAGGAGGAGAGGAUGGAAUGGAAGAAGUCUUCGCCACGCUUUCAUCCAUGAAAAUCGAGGUGGAGCUGAUGAGGAGGCCCCUGGGGACCUUUGAAAGCCCGGCACGCACCUGCAAGGAGCUCAUGAUGGUUCAGCCGGAUUUCAAAGAUGGAGACUAUUGGAUUGAUCCUAACCAAGGCUGCAACCGCGAUGCCUUCAAGGUCUACUGCAACUUCACAGCUGGUGGUGAUACAUGCCUGGACCCUGACAAGAAGAUUGAAAUGGUGAAAUUAGCAGCAUGGAGCAAAGAGAAACCAGGAAGCUGGUACAGUCAAUACAGAAGAGGCAAGAAGUUCUCCUACAACGACAUGGACGGCAACACCGUACAAGUGGUCCAGCUGACUUUCCUCAAACUACUGAGCGCCACGGCCAAGCAGCGGUUCACAUACGCGUGCCAGAACUCGGCGGGCUGGUAUGACGGCACGUCGCACUCCUACAACCACGCCCUGCGCUUCCGGGGCGCCAACGACGAGGAGCUGACUAAGGCCAAAAGCUCUUUCAUCCGCGCCGUGUACGACGGCUGCCAGUUGCGUAAAGGCCAUGAAAGUACCGUACUGGAGGUGGACUCCCCCUCGGCUGAGCAGCUGCCCAUUAUGGAUGUGUCCGCAACGGACUUUGGCAACAGCAACCAAAAGUUCGGAUUCCAAGUUGGACGUGUAUGCUUCACUGGCUAAAAAGACAACAACUACCACAAAAAAAAAAA